AUUUUCAGUUUCGCCAUUUUGUUUUAAAGUCGCAAAAUGGGAAAACAUUUCAAGAAUUUUUUGAUAAAAAACAACGGUUUAUUUUACAAAUGAAAGCUGCAGGAAUACGUCCAGUGGUUCCUUAAACGAUGUACCUUGAUAUUUAUCUUUUAAAACUUAUAUAAAAUGGGAAAUUAUCCAGAUACGAAGCGAAAACAUGAGGAUUCUACGCUUGAUGAAAAACAAGAACAAAGUGUCGUAGAAUUGCCCAAAAAGUAUGUACAUUUUGUGAGAUUUAUGCUAUCUAUUUUGUUGUAAAUAAUACUAUAUCUUUAAGGAAAGUGGCAUUACCUGAUUUGGGCGAAAUAUUUUGAGUUGAAGUGGUCUUUAGCAGCUAAAUUUUACACUACACGACUCGGUCACUGAUGACCGAAUAUUUACAGUAGCAUUGUGACAUCGAGGUGUUAAUUUCUCAGAUUUCACAUAUACAGGGGUUUAUAUAAUAGUGUUGGGUUUGGUGUUAGCUCAGUGGUUGUUGAAAUCAUGUUUUCAAUAUAUUUAUCAACUGUGGCAUUGCAGAUUGUUAAAGUGACUGUGUUAUUGUAAAGUUCAUUUAGCAAUGGUUCAAUGACCAAUAUAUCCCGAGGCUAUUAUUCAAUAUUAACAUUUUAACACCACUGAGCUAUAUAUAUAUAUAUAUAUAUAUAUAUAUAUAUAUAUAUAUAUAUAUAUAUAUAUAUAUAUAUAUAUAUAUAUAUAUAUAUAUAUAUAUAUAUAUAUAGAAUUUCGCUUACCUCAAAAUUCCGCAACAGUCUGUUUCAUCAGUAAAGAAGAUACAGACUGUUGCGGAAUUGAAACAGACUGUUGCGGAAUUUUGAGGUAAGCGAAAUUCUACAUUUGCUCUAUCUUUAUGAUAUUGAGCACUCUUUGCGUUUCGUAUACACAAACCUACUCGUAUAUAUAUAUAUAUGUAUAUAUAUAUAUAUAUAUAUAUAUAUAUAUAUAUAUAUAUAUAUAUAUAUAUAUAUAUAUAUAUAUAUAUAUAUAUAUAUCUGGAGCAAGAACUUCAGUCAUUCGGCCUAUGAGAAAAGUGAAGCGAAGAUGGCGAAAAUUGACGUCCAAUAGCUCUGAAGGUCAUCAACAGUUUUAAUGCCAUUUUCCCCAGAUAAUUCCAAUGGAUUUUUCUAAUGGACUGUAUCGCUAAGCAAGUUAUCAGUUCAUAAAACCAUAGUGUUAUUCUUUAAAUCGAUGUCAAAAUACGAAGUUUUGGCAUACUCCUCGCCAGCUUUGUUUUAACCACGUAGGCAAAAACAAAGGGAGCCGGAACUGAUGCAAACUCCCUGAAUCUGUGCAAUUGGGGAGCAUUCAUUUUUUAGCUGGGGGGGGUGGGCCGGAAGAACUGAUGUCUAAUUCCAUGCUAAAACUUGGAACCCCUGAGAGAAAAGUUGAUAAAAAAUUAUGACCCCCAAUUUUUUUUCAUGAAAAAUUUUUUGACCCCUCAUCCUAACUAUUAUUAAUCCACACGGUGUCGUUUCCGUAGCGUUUCAGGGCCGUAGGAAGCUUUUUUAUAGGGGAGGGGUCUCGAGUCUCUGAAAUGGGGGGUCUAGAGUCUCUGAAAUGCCAUUUCCUGGACUUGGGGAAGUUUGACAGAAUUCUGAUGGUCAGAAAACAGCAUUUUAGUAUGUCGAAAUUUACAAUUUGGUAGUGCUAAAUGGGCAAAGGCGUAUUUAAUUAACUAUAUAUUGGAUAAAAGGCUAAAAGCUUUGAUCGGACAAAAGGUAAAAUUUUGCCAGACAAUGUUCGAUGACCAGCAUUAAUUUGCAGGCCUGAUUAUAUCACUCACAUUUAUGUACGAUAUAAAGGCUUUGUGUAUUAUGGAAGAUUGUUGAUAAUGAUGUUUUGUUUUAAAUUUAGGAAGAAACAGAGAACAACAUCAGAUUAUAUAUAUCACACACUCUUUGUAAAUGGACAGGACAGUGACGUUACACUUGUGGCCCUUGGUAAGCUUAUCAUUUUGAUGACUCAAUCUGAGUCGGUCAGCUGGUGGGCGACUCAAAAUCUCCUCCAAAUUCUUAAGAGUAUUCUUAGAAAAUAAAAUUAUCAAUAAUUUGACAGGUCUACUAAACUAUUGCCUGAUGGAUUCUAAUGAAAUGAAUUCCCAUUGCUUGUACAGGAAUUCUCCAACCAAAAUAUCUAAUACAUUGGUUUGAUUCUCAUUUUAGAUAUAGAAUGGAAACUGCAUAAGUUAUACCUUUGUCAGGUAUGAAGUAAAUAACGUAAAUUGGUGGUAGCCAAUAUUCUAUUGUAGGGAUCCACCAGUUAUCAUAUUUAGAUGUUGAAGUAGGAAUUUCACAAAUUUUCAAACUUUUGUGCUUACUUACAAAUGGUCAGGGCUCAAAAUAACGGCCAGUCAACGGACAAUGACCGGCCAAAAAUGCCUCUUGGCCAGUCACUUUUUACCUCACCGGUCAUUUUGACCAGCCACAUUUUCAUCCUGAAUUCAAACAUGAAACUAUCAUGUGUCGAAACAAAUUUCUAAUAGUUUGUUUCACUGUUAGUGUAAGCAUAUCAAUGACCGGUCAAAAACAGAUUUUGACUGAGGACCUAUUGUAUCUCCCGUUAUUUUUGAGCCCUGUAAAUGGUAGACAUGAGUAUCAAAGCUUUCGUGUCUACUACUGCUCACAGAAAGUAUAUACAUAACUUUUUAUGCAAUUUUUUUCAUUUGUUUGUGUUUUAUUCUCUAGUCCAAUUAUUUCAAGAGUAUGUUUACUGGAACAUGGAAGGAAUCUCAGCAAAGCCUUAUCAAGCUUGAAAUUCCUGAUGAAAAUAUUGAUGAGGAAGGUAUAUGUUCUGUGCUAAAUUUCUUGUGCAUUACCGUAAUUAAAGUCAGUGAUGAGAAGUUCCUUUGUGUAGUUGUAUAAGUUGCUUUCAGUCAUAUGGGAACGAUUCAAUUAGGUUUUACAAUUAACUUUAGGUUUUUCUGAGAAUGUACAGUAGCAACAUUGUCUGGACCGAUAGCAAUAUCUGGACGUAGCAGUAUUGUCUGGACCUCUAAUGAGAGCAGUUUAGAACUGACAGAGCUAUCCAUUAUUCAGGUAGUUUAGUUCAGGCUUCCUCUUCUUGUAACACUGGACCAACAAAGGCCGGCCAUUCCUGGACCUGUAGAUAGAACACUGUCAGAUAAGAAUCUGUAGAGUCACCCAUGCACUGCAAAUAAAAUUAGCUAAAUAUUACUUUAGUUUAUGAUCACAUACUUAGCCUUGGCUAAUAAAAGCCUCAUUUUCUGGAUUGAGAUAUCAUCUGUAUAGCCCUAGAUCUUGUUACCGGGGUACCGAUGACAAGCCUUAAAAUAUUGGUCGGUCACGGACAUUGUCCGACCCAUUCGUGAAAUUGUCAUUCGGACUUAUUUCCGAGUCAAAACUGAACUGAAGGUCAUCGGACAUAUGUCUGACCCAAACUCAACGUCACCGGACAUUUUGUCAGACGGCCCUGGAAAAGGCCCUAUGUCUGGAGUUGCUUGUAACUCCACACAAAGGGCCUUCGCUCGAGACGUCCAAAUUCUCCUUAUAUUUUUCAGGUAGUUGCAUGGGCGUACGGGCCUAAUCUUGUUUGGGGGGGGGGCAAAUUAAACAUUAAUAUUUCCCCCAAAAAUUGGGGGGGGGGGGAUGAGGUCACCAAAAAAUUUUUCCUGGACAUGCCAAAAACCUGUCUGCAAACAUAAAACAUAUGAAAAUUUCACAUAAUUUUUGCAAAUAUACAAAAGUUCACAUAAUUUUCGCAAAUAUACAAAAAAAAUUUCAGGACAUAAAUUUUUAUGUUUUGCCCGACCGUAAAAAUUGGGGGGGGGGCACAUGCCCCCUGUGCCCCCCCGGCCCAUACGCCUAUGGGUAGUUGCAUCCCUACCAACGAAAACUUGUUCAUAUUCUUGACACUGCCACAGACAUAAUUAUAUCAAGGUCUUUUAUAUUCACUGAUGUAUUAACUUAACGAGCGAAAACGAGAUGCUAUAGCUAAAGCUAGGUACUUUCCACAAGGGUGUAUUAUAGAAGCAAAUUCUGUUUUUGUAGCUUUACAUACAGCAUUUGGUUCAUUUUAUUGUGACGAAGUAGAAAUUUCAUCUUGUAAUGUUGUCCCACUUAUGGCUGUCGCAUGUAUGUUUCAGCUGGUAAGUUUCUCGUAUUUUCUACAUGAGCAAAACUGCCAUAAAUAUACUGUACACGCUAGGAUCAGAAUCAGUUUUAUUUGCACUUAUUUCUAGCUUACAAAAUAUGAAUUACUUAUAUACCAUAAAUAUUUACAUUAUAGUUAUAUACAAUAAGAGUAUCUAUUUUACAAAUGAAGAGCGCGUAGUAGCCAAAGGGAAAAGGAGCAAAAGCUUCCGAGUUGCCAAUACAGUAUGUACCCAGGGUCUUAGCUAGAGGGCCGUGUUGGCCGGGUUAUCACGGCCAAAAAAGGAAAAACUCGGCUAGAUAAAAUGAACGCGGCUUCAUUAUUUAUAUAAGGCCGUGAGGUUCAUAAAAUAAGAUGGUGCUACUUACAACAGACAGAAUUUCUUUCUAUUUACGUCAUAAGAAAGUUUGUAAAAUCUAUUGUUGUUGUUGAAAUUGGCAAAAGUGAUCCGUGAUGUUUUACUGUUUUGAUGGAUAGUAGGAACCGUUCAGGUGUUAAAGUGGUUUUAAAUACCCACAAGAGUUGCUGAAAUAACUUAAUAUUUUAAUGUCAGUGCGCAAUAUGAGUAUAUGCUCGCCUUGUAUUUGGUUGCAAAGCAUAGAACAACCACAGGCAUUGUCCGUUGUUGUAGAACCGUGAAUUUGGCUAUUCAAGGUAAUUGACAUGUGCACACCCUGGUCAUUUAGAAACACGACCAAGAUCUAAAAUCCUAGCUAAGUCCCUGUAUGAGGUUAACAGGAAAAAUGAACGCAAAAUAAGUAAAAGUAGCCUGGUUGGAUUCAACCACGUUUUGGUGUUUUUGAAUUAGCCUUUCUCACGAAGGCCAAAAUCCGCCAUUUUGAGGGGUAUUUUCUGCCCUCGUGAAAGAUUCUAGACAAUUUAAAGAGGGUGAAAAGCGGCUCUUAAAAGUUGUAACUGUAAAUUUACCAUUAUACUGUACAAACAACUAUAAUACUAAAAAGUUGUAUCUCGUGGUGCGGAGACUCUCAAACGUUGAAGAGGCAGUACCCCAAGAAUGGGGGUAAGACAGGCUUUUAGCCAGAAGGGCGUCCUGGGACGCCCCUAGAACGAAAAAUGGACGCCUUUAGACGCCCAAAUUCUGGGGGGAAAGAGAGAUUAUUAUCAAUUGUUUCCCUAAGUAUAUUGAUAUAUCUGAAACGAAAUAGCUUCAAUUCUCAUUAUUAUUAUACAUUAGACAGUUUGAUCAAUUUGAUGGUAUACCUGGCUGAAUGAGUAAAGAAGCAUAGCGGCACAAACUCACAAAGCCAAGUGUGUUUGACAAAUUUCGAACGAGCUUGGAACAGAUACUGACAUGAAGUAACGUAAACUUCAAAGGAUUUCCAGAGGAACGUUUUCUCGAAACCCCCUCCCCUCCCUUUACUGUAGAUGUAUCGUACCAAAAUUGGACGCCCUCUUUUAGGACCCUGGCUAAAAGCCUGGGGUAAAAUACUAAAAUUGGCUGUGAGAAAGGCUAAUUUUACAUUUUUUAUAUUGUCUAGGACGGUUUACUUGCCAAUUGUGCUGAAAUGAUGAUUGAGAAUUUGGGGAGCGAGACGGUAUGUCGAUACUAUACGGCUGCUAUACAGUACGGUCAACAAUCUGUGGAGACUAAAUGUCUUGAAUGGCUGGAAAGAAGGCUUACGUCACUGGAAAGAAGGCUUACAUCAAGCGCCAUUGUUGAACUGUUCAGGAAUAUCAGGUAGUUAAUAUCAAAUCAAAUUUAUUUUUAGCCAUAAAGAAAUAAUAUCACACAAAAGAAAGAAUAAAUAUACAUUAUAGUUGGCAAUGGAGCCCAAUAGAAACAAUAAGGCUUAUUAAUUUUGGGCUACCUUAAUCGUACUAUUCAUAUAAGUGGAAUAAUUCGUGCACAAUUGGAGACAAAUCCGAAUUCAUUAGUGUAAUUACAUAUUAAGCAUCUACCUAUAGUGACCGUUAAUUUAUAUAAUAAAUUGGAACUAGUUGUUCAAAGUUAAAAAAAAAAAGAUAUUACGUGUAAUGUCAGAAAUUAAAAAAGGAGAGAUUUAACAAGGGUGGUAUAUUUAUAGGUAUAAUGAACACUAUUAUAGAAAUUAGGUGUUAGGGAUUUAGGGGAUAAUAUGUUAAAGAUUAAAAAGAUAUUCUUUAAGUUUUUUCCGAAAACUAAAUUAAUUCAUUUCAAUUAAAAAAAAAACACAAUAAAAACCAAUACCAGCGAGCAUUUUCGAAAAGUAUAAGACAAAACACAAUCGGAAGAUUAGUAUCUUGUACUCAAGAUAUAAGUCAAAGCAUGACGACGGAUGAGUUUGUGAUAUUUCGAUAACUACAGUAGUUAAUGAUUUUGAAAAUCUUGGACAUCCAUUACCUCGACCAAUUCAUUUCAUCAAGUUCCUCGAGAUAUUCAUACACUUCCUGUGAAAGAGCCAAUUCCAAGUAUUUGAUUAUUUCUGGUCACUUCCUUUCUAUUUAUGAUUGGUUAGUUGCACAAACAACAAAGGUGAUUGGUGCAUUCAAACUAUUCAACAGGAACUUUACAAUUAUACUAGGAAGUGUAUGAAUAUCUCGAGGAACUUGAUCAAAUGAAUUGGUCAGCCCGAGGUAAUGUAUUGAAUUAAUAUUUGAGGAACACUUCAAUUGGAACGACAGUAACAAAAAUAGACAAGAUUUUGCCGUUGUCUGUUCAGUGAUAGAUACACAGUAUGACAUUAUAAUGUGGAAAGAACAAAUCAUCACGAGGCGAUGAUUUACAACAAAAUAUUGGCAUUUACUCAUGUGAAUAAAUCUGUUUUUAGCGUUGACCUGAUGGAGAAGGUGAUCAAAUCACCAAACCUCUUUGUGAUGCAGAUAGAGGUGGACACCUACAACCUCGCCAAGAUGUGGAUGUUUUUGAAACUGAAUAGUUCUUGGGAGGGAAGGAAGAAAGACUUGCUAUCUGAUGCAAAUGCCCACUUUCAGGCACGGACUGGGGACAGGGCAUUCCUCGAGACCGAUGAAGGGUCAAAAUAUACCUGCGUGUUUCAGGCUGUCAGGUUACAGAACGUGAUAUGUGACGUAAAAGCUGUCAGACAAUUAGAUCAAGACAAGAUUAUACCUAACGGUAAGGAUUUUUCGUCGUCGUUUCAUGUUAUAUACACACUGAACAACAUGAGCUCCACCUUUGAAUUUACUAUAUGAUUAAUUUCUAAACACGUCCGAAUUUAUCAUUAUGAUAAAUUCGCGGCACAUUUUGAACUUAUCAAUAGAGUUAAUCAUAAAAGCACAAGCAUUAGACAAGACUUCUUGUUAUAAAUGUAAUGGCACUAAAUUUUUGUUAAAAAUAAAUGGCAC